UGCAGUUUAUGCGCAAUGCAUUAUGGGACAAGCUGUCAUGGCGGCUCCCUUACAGUAGAAAUGACAUCUGAUUUAGGAUUUAAUUCACUUCUGUUUAUUUUUUCCACUUCAUUCUUCUGCCAUCCACGAUGCAUUAUUGAGUGAACACCUAAAGUUGCCAUGAAGCGGAUUGCAGCCUUGGUUGGCAGGACCGCCUCAUCCUGUUGGCACCAUGGGAGCCCAAAUCUGCCCUUGUUGCCCGUCUUGACCCCUGGGCCUCCAUACACCGGUUCUCAAGUCCGGCACUUGGCUGCUAAACAGAAUAAAGGCCAUUUCAAAGGUCAGAAGAUUUUAAAGCCAGUGAAACUGGAGAAACAACAGAAACAAGAAGUGGAGAUCAAACAGAGGAUGACAGUCUUUGAACUCGCCAAAGCCAUGAAUAAAGACAUUGAUCACGUAUACGAGGCUCUGCUCAACACUGAGGUGGAUUUAGAUGAGCUGGAGCCUGACACGGUGCUGGAGGAAAAAUGGAUUAAAGAGGCAGUCAAGAGAUCUGGAAUGAAACACAGAUGGGCCAAACUAGUGGAAACCAAAGUCAGAGAAAAUAAAGACUUCCAGAGACAGCCUCCCCCAGAUCCUUCUCAGUUGGUACUCCGACCUCCGGUGGUAACCAUUAUGGGUCACGUAGACCAUGGAAAGACCACCCUGCUGGACAGUCUGAGGAAGAGUCAAAUCGCUGCUCAGGAAGCCGGGGGCAUCACGCAACACAUUGGGGCUUUUCGGGUUCAGCUUCCUUCAGGUGAGAAGAUCACUUUUCUGGACACACCGGGCCACGCUGCCUUUUCUGCCAUGCGGGCACGUGGAGCCAUGGUUACGGAUAUAGUCAUUCUGGUGGUUGCCGCUGAUGACGGAGUGAUGAAACAGACCAUCGAGUCCAUACAGCAUGCAAAAAAAUCCAAAGUUCCAAUUAUUGUGGCUGUGAAUAAAUGUGAUAAACCUCAGGCCGACCCCCAUCAUGUGAAAGAAGAGCUGUUAGCACACGAUGUGGUCUGUGAGGAGUUCGGAGGGGAAAUCCAAGCCAUCCAUAUAUCUGCAUUAAAGGGGGAUAAUUUAAUAGAGCUGGCUGAGGCCACAGUGACACUGGCAGAGGUCCUGGAACUGAAGGGCGACCCCACCGGUUUAGUUGAGGGGACGGUCAUAGAGAGCCGAACUGACAAAGGCAAAGGACCUGUUACUACUGCAAUCAUCCAGCGUGGCACCCUGAGGAAAGGCUGUACGCUGGUGGCUGGAAAGUGCUGGGCUAAAGUACGCUUCAUGUUUGAUGAAUAUAACCAGGCGUUGACCGAGGCCGGGCCCAGCAUUCCUGUGGAGAUCGUGGGUUGGAAAGAUCUUCCCUCUGCUGGUGAGGAGAUCCUGGAGGUGGAAUCCGAGCAAAGGGCUCGUGAGGUGGUGGAGUGGCGCAGCUACGUUGAAGAACAGGACAAGUUAAAAGAAGACCAGCAAGCCAUCGAAACCAAGCAGAAACAGCAUCAGGACGUCUACAAGAAGGAGAGGGAAAGCACGGCCCAUCUCACCUGGAAACAGAGGAGGGCGGCCAUGUACCGAGCCAACAAACAUAAACUCACCCACAGGGUCAGCGAGAAAACUGAGACGGAGGAACUCACGCUACCCAUCAUUGUCAAAGGUGAUGUUGAUGGCUCGGUGGAGGCCAUUUUGAACAUUCUGGAAAAUUAUGAUGCUGAUGACCAGUGCCAACUGGAUGUGGUGCAUUUUGGUGUGGGUGACAUCUCCGAGAGUGACAUUCACUUGGCAGAGACGUUCUCAGGUACUAUAUACGGAUUCAAUGUAUCUGCAAAUAAAUCGGUUCAGCAGAUGGCUGCCAAAAAGGGCAUUCCCCUGAGAUUUCACAAAAUUAUCUACAAACUCAUCGAUGAACUCAAAGAGGACCUGAGCAGCAAGCUAUCGCCUGUCACAGAGGAAAAUAUCAUUGGUGAAGCUUCUGUUCUGGCCACAUUUGAUGUGACGGUGGGGAAAAAGAAGAUCCCAGUGGCUGGUUGUAGAGUUCAGAAGGGCCAACUGGACAGAAAGAUGAAGUUCAGGCUCGUUCGAGGGAGAGAUGUUCUCUGGGAAGGUUCUGUGACAACACUGAAACAUAUGAAGGACGACGUACCCACAGUAAAGACAGGCAUGGAGUGUGGUCUUUCUCUGGAUAAUGAGGACCUUGAAUUCAGACCCGGGGAUGAAAUUGUGUGUUACAGUGAAUCGGAGACAAAACAGAAAAUAUCUUGGGAUCCAGGAUUUUGAGUGACAAUAAUCCACAAAUCCCGCUACAAACGAAUAAAUUACCAGUGACGUAUGAUUGUCUUCAUUUUAAUUUGUUAAAGAGCACCUAUUGUCUGAUUCACGCUUUCAUAUUUCUUUUGGUGUUUAAGUGCGUAUUAGUUCAUGUUAAAGAGUAACUAAACCUUAAACCAACUUUUUUUUAGUUAAAAUUAUGCUUUAUUAGUGCUGUUCAUUGAUUUUAGUAACUUUUUUGACAUUUGGAUGUAAAGUGUUUCAAUACUACAAUAUAUGGUCUAAAAACGUCUGAGUGCUGCCCUCUUCAGGUUGAACGGUGGCUACUGCAGUUGAAUUUUCCUAUUGGAUGUUGGGUCCAAAAAAUGACUCGUGACGUAAGCAGGUUCAAGCUCACCACGCCCUUGUUAUGAUCUCACCAAACACUUGGUACGAGCUUAGUUCGUCCUCUCUAUCUCCAUUGGGAUCUGGCCACUUUUCUUGCAUUUUUCAAAUAUUGCCAGUGGGCGGAGUCUGGCUCUGACCAGGGGUUUAGUUACGCUUUAACGGUAUGCAAACCCCAAAGUAAACGAUGAUGCUAGUUUUCGUCUCCAACAUAAAUCUCUUCCUUGGACUACAACAAACACACUGAUUGUAGACAACAGUUUACUUCCUGGGAUUGGUGAUGUAGUAAAGACCGACAUUAUCAUAAUUUUUUCCCGCUACGGACUCACAGCCUGUAAGUUAACUCCUGUUAGCAUUAAAUUGUGACCGAAUCUUUCAAACAUGGUAAGGAGCGUCACAUUUCCGGCUGACAUCAGAGGUAUUCAGGCCAAUUACAAUGUACAGAUUAGCUGGCCAAUCAGGGACACAGAGCUUUUCAAAUCUGUCCAUUCAGGAAGAAAGUGAAAUCUGGAGCUACAUAAAUUUAUGGUAUGUGGAAAAUAAUGUGUUUUUGAACCAUAAACCACCAGAACAGCAAUGAAAUGGGUGCACUUUAAUAUCAGAACUCAACUGUCUAUAAAGUGUAGAUGUGUAAUUUAAAAUAAGUGAGAGAAUAAAAGAAGAGUAAUUUCUCAAACAAUUGCUCAUCGUUGUAGAA